AUGGGCAAGGGUGACGCUACUCGGGUAGCCCAGUCCGACAGCCAAGAACUUCAGGAUGAGUUAGAUCGCCAGCUACGCCAGGAAGGCGAUGAUCGAAAGAGGUUGCUUGCGCACCAGAAAAAAGCGCAAACACCUGCUGCGAACCCUAAGAAAGGUCUUGUGGCUGCGUCCAAUGGUCCUGGGCAAACCACGGGCACCUCAAAGCCAGAGCCAUCACCCAAGCCUUCUGGUCCCACGACCUCUGACCUCGGAACACCACUCGCCAUGCAUCCAUGGGAGGUCCUAACAUCCAAGGAGCAAUGGUCCACCAAGCCAAACCUCCGAACAAGACAGUUCCUCGAAGAGCAUGGCCACGACGCUACAGCACUGCUCGAAGAUCUCCAAGAGCCGGCAUACGCCUGCCGGGACGCCGAGAUCCGUGAUGGAGUCUGGAAGUUGACGGACCAGAUCGAGGACUUUGCCUACGCACACUUCGGCUUCAAGGUUGACAACGAGCAACGCUUGCGGUCAGCUCUGGAGAGCAUGCAAGAAGAGACCGUGGAGAUCAUCGGAUGUGUUGUAUCUGGCGGUCCUGCAGGGGCGAGCGGUUGGGAAGACCUCUUCCUCGUGAACGACAAGCGCCAGGCACUCGUCUGCGCGAUCAUCGGCAACGUACUUGUUGACAAAGUCUUCCAGCACAUUUUCUUCGGAGGCACAGCAGCCCAGAUCCAAGAAAUCGCCGGACUACAGUGCCAACACCCAUACAAAGACAGUGCACUACACAACCCACACACGCCCACAUGUUCGCUAACACUCACAGGUUUCGACCGCAACGCCCUCUACGCGACGAAAAGCCGCUCCUUCCUCACCUCCACCAGCAAGAAGGGCAAAGCAUCCAUCGGCCGUCCCGUAUCCACCCUGCACCUUCCCGCCAACUUCAACACCCACGUCAACAACACCGUCGCCGCCCUUUACACGCACCUCAAGCCUCUACUCCAUCUCUCCCGCACCACCACCGCCACCCCCCUCUCCACCAACAGCCACUCCAUCAUCCCCCGCCUGCACUCCCUAACAACCCUCGCCGCCCUUCUAUCCCUCCAAAUGCGCCUCGACCCACACACAGCAUACCACUUCACGCCCGUGUUCAAAGACCAGCCCUUCACGCACUCAGAAACAGAGUGUUUCAACCAUUCUGCCAUGAUCGCCACACACCCCAAGGGCUCAGGCGACUUGAACCUCAUUUCCAAAUUCGAACAAGCCCGCUGCGUCACGCUCUCUGACACCGAACUAGCGCGCAUGAAGCGCGAUGAGGGACUCAUACAAAUCACCCUCCUCCCUGGGAUAACUGCGUAUAGGCUCGGCGGAUGGGAGACACCGUCCUCCGCUGCCUCAAACCCCCAGUUUGAAGGGGUCGGUAAGGGAAAGGGUGUACGCGCUCGACGGCUGACGGAUGCAUGGGUGUACUGCCGUUGGGGACGGCAGCGGGUGUGGGAGGGUGGGAAGUCGGCUGACGAUCCUGCUGUGCACGGUGUGGGCUGGAAGGAGGGCGGGUUUGUGGAGUUCUUUCCUGGUGUGCAGGGGGUGAGGAGGGAUCCGGGUCCUGAGAGUGCGGCGAGGAGGGAGACUGCGAAGAGCAAGAUGCAGGAGGAGGCAGGGAAGGCUUUGACCGUUUAG